GGCUUGCCAAUUGAAUGCCUUGAAUUGAUAUAGGAUGUAGGCUUCCAAUUGAUGUGCCUUGAUUGGUGUGCCUUGUUGGUGACGCCGCUCCCUAUUCAGCGAAAGAUGCACAGUGUGAGAAAUGUGGGCUAUUCAACAAGAGUGUGAAAUGAGACUGUGUGUAUUAUGGAAGCAAUGGGUUUGAUGUGAAAUUAUCAAUGCCGGCUUUCGAUUCGUCUGCCUUGUUUGAUGUGAGUUUUAGGUGCGCCGCUCCCGUGUUCUGUUUGCCUGCUGUUGGAUACGCUGUCCCUUUCCUGUGUUCUGUUUGCCAGCCCGAUGGAGUCGAACUGUCGCGCUGGCCCGCCACGUUCGAGUCGAACUCGAUCGAGUCGACCUCCACCGAAUCCACCUCCAUCGAGUCGACCUCGAUCGAUUCGAACACGAUCGAGUCGAACACGAUCGAGUCGAACACGAUCGAGUCGAACACGAUCGAGUGGAACACGAUCGAGUCGAACACGAUGGAGUCGAACACGAUCGCCUGGACUCACGAUCGGAUCGAACACGAUCGCUUGGACUCACGAUCGGUUGGACUCACGUUCGAGUUGAACAAGAUCGCCUGGACUCUCGAUCGAGUCGAACACGAUCGCCAUGACUCACGAUCGACCCGAACACGAUCGAGUCGAACACGAUCGAGUCGAACACGAUCGACCCGAACACGAUCGAGUCGAACACGAUUGAGUCGAACACGAUCGAGCCGAACACGAUGGAGUCGAACACGAUCGCCUGGACUUACAAUCGGAUCGAACACGAUCGCCUGUACUCACGAUCGCCUGGACUCACGUUCGAGUCGAACACAAUCGCCUGGUCUCACGAUCGAGUCAAACACGAUCGCCUGGACUCGAAUUGAUAUUGGAGAUUCGGCAGCGCUGCAAAACAUGGAAGGAGAGGGGAAGGCAAGUAAACGACGAGCAAGUAAGAAUUCUGGGAGCAUGGAACAAUCUCCGAAAAAAUCGAAGGGGACGCCGGCCGCUGGGGUUGGGAGUCAGGAGGCGCCGGGGUCUAAGCAGCAACGCACCCCGGUUCCGAGGGGUGCACCUUCCACGGGCACUCCGUCGACUCGUGUUCGGGGCUCUGGACCGGAUAAGGCUGUGUUGAUGACUGGCGGGCCUGCGGGUCAGGAACGUGUGCCUGGUCCGCAGCAGGGGAGAUCUGCAGUGGAGGUUGUGCCCGGACGUAAACCGUCUGGAGAACGUAAAGCGUCUGGUGAAACGACUGUCACGGGUUGGCGAGACGAUGUGCCCGUGAUUGACCACAAGGACAAGUUCUGGAUGCUGGACUGCGUGGGGGAGACCGGAGAACCAUCGAGUGGCCUUGUUCUGUACGUGGUCAUCAAAGACAAUAUUGUGCCGGUUGGCGGCCUGGUGAGGUGGACUGGACAAAAUGUGCCGUCUGCAACUUUCGAGUUGACGAUGGUCCUGAAUGGAAGAGGGGAAAAAAUACCAAACAUUAAACACGUCGCUCUUCGAUGGGCCAACCACGCGGGGUUCGGAAAGUCGCUGGUUGAUGUGUUCAACCCACCAGGGACAUUGACAGUGAAGUUGCCUAACCUCGUUGACGUCCUCAGGUUUUUCGACAGUAAUGUGAUCGCGGGCAGAGAGCCAGUUGUGCAUCCAGAGGACCGCAUAUCAGAGCCUAAAUGCGUGCUUUCGAAAACCGUGGAGACAGGGCCUUCGAUCACGAUCCGCGAUACGCCGCCUGGUCCGAAAGCUGGGCAGAUCGGAGAGAAGGGUCCAUGUCGAGGACUGGUCGUACCGUCAGCCCCUAUGAAAACCAGGCCAACGGCGACCAAAGCACCAGUUGCCUUGGGCGAUCACGCUAUGAUGUGGCCACCAAGGGACAUCUCCCCUUGGCGGGCCAGCAGCGCUAUGACUACACUGUGCCAAGUCGCGCAGAGGAAGCACAUGAGUAUUUUGAAGAUGAGGAUGAAGAGAACAACGAGGAAUAUUCGGAACGAGCAGGAGGACAGGAACAGUAUGCUGCGGGUGGCGGCGGCAUGACGAGGCAUCCAGGAGAGACAAGUAAAGUGGUUGGACAAGA